GAGGUUCCGGGUUUCGGCCUCCGGGAUGAAAGGAGGGAACGCAGGUGAGAAGGCGAAACGAGCAGGUGGGGAAACGGUGAGGUAAACUCAGUGCUAGCUCGAUAUGGCGCAGGUUGGAGAUAAACGGAGGUCCCUAAAGAACCAAACGGACAGCUGGCAGCGAGAGAAGUCAGCCACCAUGGAAUCACCAGAGGAGCCUGGAGCGUCCAUGGAUGAGAACUACUUUGUGAACUACACUUUCAAAGAUCGGUCACACUCAGGCCGAGUGGCUCAGGGUAUUAUGAAACUGUGUCUGGAGGAGGAGCUCUUUGCUGACGUCACCAUUUCAGUGGAGGGCAGAGAGUUUCAGCUCCACCGGCUGGUCCUCUCAGCUCAGAGCUGCUUCUUCCGGUCCAUGUUCACUUCCAACCUGAAGGAGGCCCACAACCGGGUGAUUGUGCUGCAGGAUGUCAGCGAGUCUGUUUUCCAGCUCCUGGUGGAUUAUAUCUACCAUGGGACUGUGAAACUCCGAGCUGAUGAACUGCAGGAAAUUUAUGAGGUGUCAGACAUGUAUCAGUUGACAUCUCUCUUUGAGGAAUGUUCUCGGUUUUUGGCCCGCACAGUGCAAGUGGGAAACUGCCUUCAGGUGAUGUGGCUGGCAGAUCGACACAGUGAUCCUGAGCUCUACACUGCUGCCAAGCACUGUGCCAAGACCCACCUGGCCCAGCUGCAAGGCACAGAGGAAUUUCUCCACUUGUCCCACCAUCUACUCACUGAUAUCAUCUCUGAUGGAGUUCCGUGUUCCCAGCGUCCAACAGAGGCAAUAGAAGCCUGGAUUGAUUUUAACAAAGAGGAAAGGGAGGCUUUUGCAGAGUCACUCAGGACUAGUUUGAAGGAGAUUGGCGAGAACGUGCACAUUUACCUGAUUGGGAAAGAGUCGUCUCGUACUCAUUCGUUGGCUGUGUCCUUGCACUGUGCAGAAGAUGACUCCAUCAGUGUAAGUGGCCAAAACAGCUUGUGCCACCAGAUCACUGCAGCCUGCAAGCACGGCGGAGACCUCUAUGUGGUGGGAGGCUCCAUCCCGCGGCGCAUGUGGAAGUGCAACAAUGCCACUGUUGACUGGGAGUGGUGUGCACCUUUGCCUCGAGACCGGCUCCAGCACACUCUGGUGUCUGUGCCUGGGAAAGAUGCCAUAUACUCGCUGGGUGGCAAGACACUGCAGGAUACCCUGUCCAACGCAGUGAUCUACUACCGGGUAGGUGACAACGUCUGGACAGAGACAACCCAGCUCGAGGUGGCUGUGUCAGGGGCAGCUGGUGCCAACCUCAACGGGAUCAUCUACUUACUAGGGGGGGAGGAGAAUGACCUGGAUUUCUUCACCAAACCGUCCCGACUCAUCCAGUGCUUUGACACAGAGACAGACAAGUGUCACGUGAAGCCCUAUGUGCUGCCCUUCGCAGGCCGCAUGCAUGCAGCCGUGCAUAAGGAUCUGGUGUUCAUCGUGGCUGAAGGGGACUCCCUGGUGUGCUACAAUCCCUUGCUAGACAGCUUCACCCGGCUUUGCCUUCCCGAGGCCUGGAGCUCUGCCCCAUCUCUGUGGAAGAUCGCCAGCUGUAACGGGAGCAUCUAUGUCUUCCGGGACCGGUAUAAAAAGGGGGAUGCCAACACCUAUAAGCUUGACCCUGCCACUUCAGCUGUCACAGUCACCAGGGGCAUUAAGGUGCUGCUAACCAAUUUGCAGUUUGUGUUGGCCUGAGGCUGUGGGGGAGGGGAGGGAGAGCAACUGACUCCUGUGCCCUCCUCUUUUUCAGCACCCACCCAUCCAAACUUAAAGUCCCUAGGCCCCACUUCAGAGUAUUGUGUUAUUUUUUGGCACAUAAUAGGAAAGGCAGCACCUCAGCCCGUCCCUGAACCUGUCAUGGUUUUGUUUGGGGCCCUUCAGACUGCUGCUGCUCAGCUGGCUGCCUGAGCGAGAACAGGCCACCCUGUUUGCUGCCCUUCCCUGUGCCCGCAUCCAGACUGCUUAGAGCAAGCCUCUUCCCAGACCUUAGCCUCCCCUCCUUACCUGAUCAGUGUUAAAUAGAAGCAACUCUGUCCCAAGACACAGGCAGAUGCCCAGAUCCUUUUAUCUAUGUACCCUGCUGUGGCCAGUUGAUGACCUUUUGUUUCACAAGUAAUUAUAUGUUAAGAGUUGUCCUUCAGGCUUUGUUUGGGAGAAUGGACUAAGCUGAAGGUGUAUUUCACCAGCAAGAGUCGACUCCCCGGACAUUCCUUCUAUGGACAUUCCUUCUAUUGCUUUCUCGUCUGUCUGUCAGAAAGUGUAUACUUUGGUUUUAAUUUUGGCUUACUCCAUUCCUGUGUGAGGUAUAAGCCAGAAAGAAGUAGAAAGGAUUAUUUCUGAUUAAUAGCAGAAAUUGCUUUUUUCAAACUCUCUAUAUAUAAAGUCUGUGCUCUUUUAAAAGCUGUAAGUUAAGAGCCAAGAACUGUUCAUACAAAUAAAAGUUUUGGAAGGGA